AGGAAUUGUCCACUCCAACUCCAAGUGUCAUAUAAAUAUCCACAGAAAUAGAGCAAGAGAAGAAGCAGCCAACCACAUUAAUACAUUAUUAUUCACCCAUUCUUUCAUUCCGACACGAUGGGCUUACCAGCUAACGGCUGCGCCGGUGACAAGCAACUCAAGUUCUUGAUCUACGGGCGCACCGGCUGGAUUGGUGGCCUCCUGGGCAAGCUCUGUGAAGCCCAAAGCAUCCCCUUCGUCUACGGCUCUGGCCGCCUAGAGAACCGUUCCUCCCUCGAGGCGGACAUUGCCGCUGUCAACCCCAGCCACGUCUUCAAUGCUGCCGGCGUGACCGGCAGGCCCAACGUGGACUGGUGCGAGUCUCACAAGGUGGAGACCAUCCGCACGAACGUUGUCGGCACCCUCACCCUGGCCGACGUGUGCCGCGAGAAGGGCCUCAUUCUGAUCAACUACGCCACCGGCUGCAUCUUCGAGUACGACUCCAUCCACACCCUCGGAUCCGGCGUCGGCUUCAAGGAAGAGGACACUCCCAACUUCAUCGGAUCCUACUACUCCAAGACCAAAGCCAUGGUGGAAGAUCUGCUGCGGAACUACGAGAAUGUGUGCACGUUGAGAGUGAGGAUGCCAAUCUCAUCCGAUCUGAGUAACCCACGGAACUUCAUAACGAAGAUAACGCGUUACGAGAAGGUAGUUGACAUCCCGAAUUCGAUGACGAUACUUGACGAGCUGCUUCCGAUCUCGAUAGAGAUGGCGAAGAGGAAUCUGACUGGGAUAUGGAACUUCACGAACCCAGGAGUGGUGAGCCACAACGAGAUUCUUGAGAUGUACAGGGACUAUGUGGAUCCAAGCUUUACUUGGAAGAACUUCACAUUGGAGGAGCAGGCCAAGGUCAUUGUUGCCCCAAGGAGCAACAACGAGCUUGAUGCCUCCAAGUUGAAGAAAGAGUUUCCUCAACUCUUGUCCAUUAAGGACUCACUUGUUAAGUAUGUUUUUCAGCCUAACGCAAAGCUUGCUGCACCUUGAUUCAUCAAUUCGGUUUUUGCAUUGUGUGCAUUAAUAUGGCUGCUUGUCUUCUUUUUUUGUAUUCUGUAUUCGCAAUUAUUCAUCAUCAAUAAAUUAGUCGCCAGUUACUUUA